GACGGAGUGUUGCGGAGCAUCUGACUAAAGAGCUGGCAGCUAGCGAGCAGGCUAAAUUGUAGUGUAGUACUUUGGGGGAAGCUGGACUGUCUUUGCAUUGCCAAAAUGUCUGGAUCACAGAUAAUCGGAUCAUCCGAUCGGAUUCCCUUUACCGGGCCGCGCACGCCUAUGGAGGUGAAGAUGAUGGUCAAAGGCCUCAAGAAUGUUGAAAAAGACACGUUCAGAAAGCUUUUGAAAGCUGCGGUGUCGUUGAUUGAGGGCAACGAUGUUCCCGAAAGCACUUUUUCCUCACUUGCCAAGGACAACCUCUCCCUGGAAAUGGUCAACACGGUAUUUGCCGGCAUCUGUACCCUCCUGAGAUGUGCCCUUAGGAUACCGGUCACAUCGUUAAAACCAGAGGUCUUCAAGGAGGACCUGAAGGAGUUAAGAGUUCCCAAAGAAUUUGUGGCAGAUUUUAGCAGUGCUGUUUAUGGUGCAAAGCGAUCAUCCUUGGAGACAGCACUAGUCACAAAUCGCAGCAGGCUUCCAACCCUGGACAGAUUAAGAUGGAGGCUAGAUGUUGGCAUUUCCACAAGUGCGUUGAACCGAGUUCUGGAACCAACCAUCUUGAUGGAGUUAACGCUCAGUAAUGGCAGCAUUCACAAUUUGGAGGUCCCUGUGUCUAAAUUCCACGAGUUGCGGUACAGUGUGGCAUACGUUCUGAAAGACAUGGAGGAACUGGAGAAACGAAGCAUAUUAAAGAUAGAGUAACUUGACAUUUACAGUAAUUUGUUUCCUUUCUUCCUGGCUCUUUGCCUUAGGAGCAAAAUUACAGAAUUGGUUUAAGGUGCACUGUUUCUGGGGUUUAGGAGCAGCCCCUUCACCACACCAAUUUAAUGCACACAUUAAGUAAUUAUGCCGUGUUAUCAUCCUGCCAGCCAGGGGUGUUGACUCAAAGGAAAGUUGUUGCUAGGCAACCAAAGUGCCGAAUCUUAUUCAUGCACACAGCCUGUUGUAUAAGUUCUUGGAUUGUGCUACAUUCAGCACAGUGCACAGAAGAGGAUUACGAAUUCAACCUAAAUCUUACACUGUGAAGACAAAUUUCAAGUGUAAAAUACUUCUGUAUAUUUACAGGUUUUCAAAAGAGAACUACUUUCUUCACACAUGGAGGGAGAUUUUUCUUUUGUCCUUAGUGUUAUUUGUCUUAAUCCUAGAAGUCAUAAAAACUGUACCAUAUUAUUUCUAAGAAAUAUGGAAGGGCGGCGUAGCACUGUGAUCAGAAUAUUGACAAGAAUAUAAUAUCAAAUCAGUGUUAUGAAAUAUGUGAUUGCCAUAUGAUUGUCACAUAUUUCAGAGUGCUGAUUUGAUAUUAUGUUCUUUUCCAUAUUAUAUCUAUUUGUUUUCUCUCCCAUCUAGUCUGGUGAUGUCUAAAAUGUUCCACAAGAGUAAUUCGUCAUCUGAAAAACUAUGCAGGUUAACACUACCAAGAUUAAUCUGUUUAACCAUAAUUUGACCUACUGGUACCAACAUUUGCUUUUAUUUUUGUGGCAAAAACUUUAGGGUUUUUUUUGCAACUGUUUUGUUUUCUUCACUUAAACCAUUCUGAUACUGAUGUACAGGUUUCACAAAGGGGAAAAAAGCUAAAAAAUAAUGAUGAAAGCAAAAUUAACCUUUCAUCUUUUUGUGAGUUUGUGGAAUUCUCUGCUUGUCAAAAAAGGCAACCUAAAUGCAAAGAUGCAAGCUGAAAUGCAUGGGUUCAGUGGCUAGAAUGUCACAAGCACAACAGUGAAGGCUUUACCAGGCAGUUGAUCACACUUUGUUUGUUGUCAUAAUUAUUCCCCUGUCUUCUGAAAACCAACACUAAAAGCUGUCUCCUCUACAACACUAUGAUACGAGAUGGCUUGUAGUUUCCAGUUUGCUCAUCAGUGAGCAAGGCCAGGUACAUGUACAUAUGUCCGUCAUUUGGAGCCUUAGGGCAGGAUCAUCCAAGUUGACAGUGGGCCUGUGAAAAAUUCCUAGGGGAAGCAUAUACAAAAAUCAUCGGAGAAUACCCUAGGUGUACCUUAAGACAUAAACAUCAAUAUUCCUACAAAAACGGAAAGUUUGAACACUUCCACAUAUUUCGUUUGGGGAAAGCUUCAAUCUAGCGGGUUCACAGUUUACUCCAGCUUAACAUAAACACAAAAGAGCAAGGCUCUGCCACUAACCUACAUGUAGAGCACAUGAGGACUUGUUAUAUCUGCAGUACUGGUGCCCAUGGCCUGUGGAUCACUGGUGUCUACAUGGAAAUUUGGGGUAUACUAGUUAAUGGUGUUUAGGGCCUACAGAACACUCAAGGCAAGUUGGAUCAGUGACAGUUUGUCAACCACUGGUUGGUUUUGCCUGGUGUGCGGUAUGCAUAGGUUACCAGUCAAAAUUGACCAUUGGUUGAAAAUUGAUCGUUGAUUGACCUUGCCCUAAUAUGGGCCUGCUGAGCUGUGACCACUCUUUCUCUUGUUGAUUUCCAUAGCGUCAUUCAGGCACCUCACUAAUAUUUAUUUAGUAGUAAUUUUCUCAGGAUCAGCCUGUUGUGGAUUUUGAUCUUGUUCACAUACAUACAUUUAUAUGUAUACUGUAUUUUGUAUUGUCACUUCAAGAAGUUGACAUUUUUCUAAAUAAAGGGGUCACUUCAAGAAGUCGACUUUUUCUAAAUAAAGGUGUGGAAAAUCACAAAAGACAACCUGUCGCA